CUCUAAGCGCUAGUCUAAAUGAUUGAGUAACCAUUAUGUCUGACCAACUUCUAUUUACCAGCCAUGGGCCCGAACAACAAAAUGCAUUUAUGUCGGCAAGCUUCGAGUUUCGGCGUGCUUUCUUCCCCUCCCCAGUCUCUACUACAUUAUUGAAAUGUCAUCGAGACCUGACAGCUUUGCGGAGGUCUCUUUGGCUACUCCUGACACUCCUUUGAACAGUAGUACUAAUCACCCUCCUUGGAUUUCGACUUCCGAGACAGCGACUCCUUGCGACUCCUUCGUUUACACUUCAUGCAAUUCUUCUCCACUAUUACCAACUUCACACCCAGGUCCCUGUGGGGAGGAAAUCAAAUCAUCGCCUCAUUCAAAGAAGGGUGCUACAUACGUACGCGCCGUUCUAUUGUUUCUCUCCGCUGUUCUGGCGGCAGUUGCGGUGGUGGUACCAGUCUACUUUGUUGUAAUCAAACACCAGCAUCAUGAGUCAGAGACCAAAGGAACCAGCUCUUCCGAUCCUUCGUCCGUUGGCUCUCACGCCGGUCCAACUUACGGAGCAAAUGGUUCUACGGUCACAACCUCGGACGGAUCGACUUUCACAUACAUUAAUCCAUUCGGAGGAUAUUGGAUAGAUGAUCCUAAUGAUCCUUUCAACGAUGGUGCGCGUCCUAACUCAUGGACGCCACCGCUGAACGAAAGUUGGGUCUGGGGCACAAAUAAAGUUAACGGCGUAAAUAUUGGCGGCCUCUUUGUUCUUGAGCCGUUCAUUUCACCUGCUUUAUUCGAGAAAUACCCAGAAGCUAUUGAUGAAUGGUCACUGAGCACACUUAUGGCCGCAGACACCCCCAGUGGCGGAUUGAACCAGAUUGAGGACCAUUACAACACAUUCAUCACCGAGCAGGACAUCGCAGAAAUUGCUGGCGCUGGGUUGAAUUGGAUACGUUUGCCCAUACCCUUUUGGGCUAUCGAGAAGUGGGAUUCUGAGCCUUUCCUUGAGCAGGUUUGCUGGCCGUAUAUCUUACGAGUCCUUCAAUGGGCACGGAAGUAUGGCCUUCGAGUCAAUCUUGAUCUUCACACAAUUCCUGGCUCUCAGAAUGGUUUCAACCACUCCGGCAAGUUUGGGAAGAUUAACUUUCUCAACGGAGUUAUGGGUGUUGCAAACGCUCAGCGCGCUCUUGGUUACAUAAGGAUCAUUGCUGAAUUCAUUUCCCAACCUGAGUGGAGGAACGUUGUGCCGGUUUUUGGCAUCAUGAAUGAAGCCAGGGUUGCUGUCAUUGGCAUGGAUCAGAUGACAUCUUUCUACAUGCAGGCCCACGAUAUGAUUCGCAGCAUCACGGGUUAUGGGGAAGGGAAUGGGCCGUAUUUUGCAAUCCAUGAUGGCUUCCAAGGUCUUUCGUCUUGGGCAGGGUUCUUGGAGGGAUCGGAUCGAAUUAUCUUGGACAGUCACCCUUACUUCGCCUUCGACGGUAAUCCCAACCCCGAGCCGAUAGCGAUAGGAACUGGGCUGGAUGCUGGUGGCAUUUGGCCAACUCUAGCUUGCUCGAGGUGGGGGACUGAGAUGAAUGUUAGUCAAACAGCGUUCGGUGUCACCUUCGCUGGCGAAUUCAGCAAUGGCUUUAAUGAUUGCGGACUGUACCUCAAUGGGGUGGGGAACGCUCAGGACGUGGCGCCCUCGUGCUCCCUCUUUUUAGACUCGUCGCAGUGGAAUAAUACCAUGAAGGCGGGGAUCCAGCAAUUGGCAUUGGCAAGCAUGGACGCCCUCCAAGAUUGGUUUUUCUGGACCUGGAAGAUCGGGCCUUCAUCUAAUAAUUCGAUUGCAUCUCCACUUUGGUCAUACCAGCUAGGAUUGCAACAAGGGUGGAUGCCCAUUGACCCUCGCAUGGCUACUGGGACUUGCGCUGCACUAGGUGUCACCGCUGACCAGUUCGACGGUGUUUAUAAGCCCUAUCAGACCGGUGGGCCUGGUGCGGGGACAAUCGAUCCUGUCUUAGUGUCUUCGUACGGCCAGUAUCCGCCCAAAUCCAUUAGUGGGCUGACUGCAGGAGCUACGCAAUCUCUUCUUCCUACUUACACGUCGACAAGCGCCAUCCCCACGCUGCCGCCGCCUACCUUUACUCCAAGUCCUCCGAGUUCGGUCGUCAUCGGGAAUGGAUGGUUAGAUUCGUCUGAUACUAGUUUGGCUGCCACAGAAGUCGCUGGGUGCUCAUACCCUAAUGCAUGGGAUGCCAUCAGUGUCCCAAUGCCCACUGCCCUUUGUCCCCCCACCGCGGGUGCUAGUGCCAACGCAGUUACCUCUGCCCCUGCAGUAACGACUUCAUCAUGAGUACCGAUCCAGGUAUCCUUACCGGAACAUCAAAUACUGUAAAUAUUAGUAAUAGCAAACGGCUCCUGGAGUUCCCUAGUGAGAUGAGUACUUUACCUCUAAUACAUCUAAUGUGAGAUCCGGAUUCAAAGGCCAAUACCUGGUCGGCGGUUUCGUAGUCAAAAUGACAAUGCUCACAAGCAUUGGCACAAGUUCGUUUCCACCCCUCAUCUGCUGCAAUGGAGGAAUGCGGUAACAUUAUUGUGAACUGUUUAUCGUAUUUCCAGCUAAAUUUUAUCGCAGUAUAUUAAUGAUAUUAAUUAGCAGGAGCAAAAUUGCACCCUUCUGUAGUUCCCACAGAUACAAUAUCAAGGAAUCAUCCAUUCACUGAUGUGACAUUAGCUAGGUUCUCG